AUGGUUCAUGCAAGGAUAGUGCCAUGGGCUGACACUGAGGAAUUAGAACAACUGAAGAAUUGGUUCUAUACGGACGAUUCGAGUUCACGCCGUAGGGCAAUCGGGAAAGUAAAAGCAUAUCAAAGCAAAGGUUCACAGUAUCUUCCACACGUAAUUGAUUCUACGGCACAAUUGACGAGUGCCAUUCUAUUGGAUGAAGAAACAAACCGUGCGACAGACACGAAUGUCAUUAAGCUGUCGUACACCAUGGCAUUAAUUAGAUUUGUUAAUGGGAUAUUGGAUCCGAACCAAAGAGCUCAAUUUGCUAUUCCCUUGCAUAUAGUGGCCAAGAAUGUUGGUUUAAGUUCGUGGUUUGUUGACUUGAGACAUUGGGGUACGCACGAGAGGGAGCUACCUGGACUAGACAUGCUGCGAGUGGCAUGUAGGGAAGCACUGGUGUGGUUAUGGGAUCAUUAUUGGAAUGACGAUGCCGUGGAUGAAAAUGAAAGCAGUGAAGAUGAAGAUGAUAGGCGAGUAAAAGACGUUGACACGGAGGGAAUAGAAUCUAACCGGAAGAGACUGGAAGAAUUAAUCUCUUCGUGGCCACAUUUUCUGUCUAUAUUCAGGGAAAAUAAAUCGUAUUGGCAAGAUGAUACAAAAUUAAUCAGUAGUUCGAAUUUUGUCAUUGAAGAACGUAAGCAAAACAAUAGAAAUAGGAAGGAAACCGCAGAAGAAAAGAUGAGUAACUAUAUCAGUGGAUGGAGAGAUGCGUGGAAGUGUUUCAGUAAUGAGAAAUCCAUCUUCAUUGAGGUUUUCAUGAAACAUUAUAAUUCUCUGCUGUUCCAUUUACUUAUGUUGAAAUUGAACACAUUUGAUAUUGAAGUAUUUAAAUGGAUAAUGGUGGAUUACAAGGAACAUCUUGGUGAUACGAAGAACAACUCCUGCUUGAAAAAAUGGUUUAAUAAAUGGGAUGAUUUAGAGAAGAAUCUUAUUAGAAAACUUGUGAAGUACGUUAAUGUAAAAAAUGUGAUAUCUUCAUGGAACGAAUGGGACCAAGCUAUUGAAGAACAUCCAUCUUAUCUGAUGGUGGGACUAUGUGCGAGAUUAUUGCUUCGAGUAGAAGAAUUAGGUAGUAAUAGUAAUGAUUGGAGAAAGAAGAAGAAGAGAAAACAAUCAGAUAAUAGACAUCUUGUUAAAUCGAGACUUCAAGAACAUAUCAAAAGUUUAUCAGAGAAGUAUAGUGAUACUGAAAAAGCGGUUUAUGAGUUAACUAGAGAUGAAAAGUCCAAUAAGGUCAAGCUGACAUCAAGCACGAACGAUAUUCUUGGCGAUUUGAAUAAUUUGAAGAAAAGGAUGGAAAAUUCGAUGUCUUCAUCAACCGAUGAGAAACCGAUACCAGAGACGGAUGAAGAUCUCAAAGACGAUGCUAAAUUAUGGGAAGAGAUUUCCGAUUGGAAACCGAAACCAUUUGGAGUUUUAUAG